CACAAAAUUCGUGACAUUACCUGACGUAUGGGCUGCUAUACUGCACCUUGACUAAACAUGUCAGCUCCAAGCUUCAGCGACGAUGCUCACCAAGCAGCCGAGGUGCACCUUCAAAAUUACACCUCACACUUUCAUUCAUGCCUUGAGAAAUUAAAGUCAAUCUGGAAGCAAAUAGGCAAAUCGCCGGACGAGUGUCGCUCCCAGGUGCUCGUUGCCGCUGAACAGGCUCUCGCGGCAUGGAGCCAAGCUGUCGACAGGGCAGAGGCCGAGCGCCAAUCAAUCAAGGCCCUAAUCCAGCAACACUCUGCUGAAAUUGCCAGUAUUAAAGCGGAGCUGGAUGACCGCGCGGAGCAAGCUCCGGAAGCUGAAGCGAACAUCCCUGGCGAGGGAGAGUCGACGCUCCAGCGCACACUGGACGCGUUGAAGGGCACGCUGCAGUUCUGGCGUGUCAAACGGGCGUCACGGAUGCAGGCCUACCAGGCCCUCAUGGAGGUGCACGUCUCGCUCAAGCAGCAGCUGGGUCAGCGGCACAGUCCCGCCCAGGUGGCGGACAUCAGCGGCGAGGCGCUCGAAUACCUGCAGAUGGAAAACAUGAAACUGCGGGAGGAGAAGGCCAAGCGCAUGGCUCGCGCGGAGGGUCUGUUGGACCGGCUGAGGGGCAUCUGCCGGGAGCUCGGGGAGGACAGCGCGGCGGCGGCGGCGGAGGUGCACCCCGCGCUGUGCUCCCUAAGCGUGGAGAAGGAGUCUGCGGAGGUGCUGGGCUGUGUGUACAAGCUCGCAGCCGCCAGCAGUCCGCACGCCUCGGACCUGGCGGGCGGGGGCGACCUUGACCUCUCUGACGCCACCUUCGACCGCCUGGGCGUCAAGAUUGGCGAGAUGGAGCGACUCAAGGUGGAGCGUGAAGCCCAGUCUCGUGACGUCCUCGAGAUGCUGGGCAGCCUGUGGAGCGCACUGAGCAUCCCCGAGGACGCCCCGGAGCGAUCCAUGGUGCUCAAGACUCUGGCGGCGGACAGACCGCAGCGGCUAUACAAGCGCACGCUGGAUAAGGCGCUGGCGGAGGUCAACCGGCUGGAGGGGUGCAAGGCCCAGGCCAUGCGUGACCUCGCUCUGGCCAAGGCUCGCGAGCUAGAGCAGCUGUGCAUCUCCACGCGCAUCAGUCCACCGCACACCGGCCCCCUGCUGGCGGAGCUCGACAGGCCGGGACAGAUGACCCAGGUGCUGUCCAAGUUGGUACGCCUAGUGGCGGAGGUCGCAGCCAUGGCCUCCAAGCGGGCUCCCAUCCUGCAUCAGGUGCAGGAGCUGCUGCAGGCGCAGGCGGACAGCGCAUGGCUGCGGGCGUACAACCAGAACGAGAACAGAUACAAGGGCCGAGACGCCUCACGCAACAUGCAGCGCGCCAUCAAGGCCGCCAAGCUGCGCGAGCGGUUGGGCCCUAUGCUGGAGGCGCUGCGGGUGGCGCUAGCGGAGUGGGAGCUGGAGGAGGGCUCGCCCUUUUUGUACGACGAACAGGUCCUGCAGGAAACGCAUCUCCGGGCCGUCGAGGCCGAGCUCGAGCAAAUCGCCCUCGAGAAGACCCCAAAGUUGCGCUCCUCCACUGCAGGCGCCCUCUCCGCCAGCAUCUCCACCUCCUCCCUAACCGCCGGCAUGUCCGCCUCUGCCUCCAGCGGCGGCAGCAGGCCGCCCACCGCCAACCGCGGCAUGAUGAUGCCCUCCGGCUCACUGACCCAACGAGGUGGAUACAUGGGCUCCUCGAGGCCCUCGUCGUCUGCGGGCGCGAUUGCUGGCGGAGCAGGAGGAGGUGCUGGAGAGGACCGCCCGCUUAUGUCAUCGGCGUCGGUGCGAUCACAAGGCGGCGACGGCGGCAACGGCAGUGGGGCGACCAGCAGCGCUGGGGGUGCUGCCGGGCUAGCAGCACGUCGGGGAUCGUUUGGCUACGCGAGUGCACGUGAUAGCGGGGUGUACCGGUCGUCAACGACGGCGGCGAUGUUGACGAAUUCGGGGAUGUUGGCGUCGUCAUCGGCCACGCAGAACGCUGGGCGAAUGCUCCGUAGCAACGACUUUGCUUCCAGCUCCCUGCGGGCUGUUUCGGAAGCGACGGAGAAGGCCGCCGCUGCGAAGAGGAGCACCAACAGUGCUGCCCAGGGCCGUGCAGCUACCUCGCACGCCAGCAGUGUCCCUCCCGCCACUCCUGCAGCAGCCAAGACGGCACCUUCACCAUCGCCGUCGCAACAGCCACCGGAGACGACGACGACGCCCACGGCUCUGGCGGCAUCCACGCCAACACCGGGCAGCAAGCGCCCACCGGCCCUCAACAUCGCCUCACCUGCGGGUCCGAACAGCUCUGCUGCUGCGGGGGUUCCCGCCGCUGCUGCUGUGUUCAGCGGCACCCCGCCAUUGCGUAGCAGGGCUGCAACUGUGGACGGCAGCAGCGGGGGUGCCCAGGCUGUGGCUGCGGUGGCGGCGGGGGCUGCACCCGUGAGCGGCACCCCUCCCAUGCGCAGUAGGGCCGCGACUGCCGACGGCAGCGGCGCCAGCUACGGAGGCGCGGUCGGCGGAGAGGGUGGAGUGGUGGUGGUCGGCAGUGGUGGCGCCAGCAGCGCUGUAAAGAACUCGGCACAGGAUCUCUUCCGACGCUACCUGGGAGACACCAGCGAUGCGCCCAAGCCUACACCCCCUUCCGCGACCUCCACCAAGACACCUCUCUCAGCCACCGCCGCUUCCAGGCGCCCUCCCACCACCGCCGGCAAUACCUCCUGCGGCGGCGGCAUCGGCAGCGCCACCCACACCCACACCGUCUCCCGAAUCGGCUCUGCUGGCGGCAGCAGCAGCAAGCUGCUCUUCUCCGCCACGGCAUCCACCGCCGCGGCCGUACCUCCCGCUGCGCAUGGCGUCAGCAGCACCACCACAGCACCGCCCCUAGAGGACGAUGGCACGGAUGAUGUGGUCCGAGACACGCCCAAAAGCACUGCCACGUCUCGCUCACACCACCAAAACAUCCACCCCUUGCAGACAGGGCAGGUGCAGGGCGUGGUUGCUGCAGGAGGGGUGCUGUCGCCGCCGUCGCAGGGCAAAAUGAAGAGCCCUGCUGAGAGGACCUCACGGAUCCCCAAAAUGCGUGCUUAGAAGGUGCUGUCGUUGGGUGCAAGGGGCUUGAAGGCUGAGGAGAGGAGGUUUCUGCCUA